GGACAAUGAUGAUCAUGAUCAUUAAGAAGUCAAGAGUGAUCAGCGCUCAGCUCGAACAACAACGGAUCGGCAUCACCUGCGGUGCGCAAGCCAGCUUGAAUGAAUGUUACGUUGGCGCGUCGUAUCCGAGUAUUACCACAUCGUGAUUUGUGAGUGCUUCAAUUCGACUACUCCCCCCACUUCGGUAGACCGGUUGGUAAUGUUACGAUCUAUUCGUGAUGCGGCAGUGUGUUGGUCUUGUUCUGGCUGCUGCGAACUUACCUGAUUGGUGAAGUUCAAAAGGACGGCUCUGUUCUUGCUAAUGCCAGUGUUCAUUGCCCAUCUCCAUACGAAAUAUCAUGGUUUUUUCACAAGACCACUACCCAGUCGCACUGGUCGGCAUUUCUGCAGAGCUCCCGAGUGGUCCUCAUGGAUCAAACAACCUUGACUAUCUAUCGUUCUUCGACUUCCUCAUGAACGAGCAUCAAGCCUAUGAGAAAAUUCCGGGUGAUAGAUUCAACAUAGAUGCUCUUAACGGGGUGAAUAUCGGCCAAGUGGCUGCCACACACGGCACAUUCUUGAAAGAUUUAGAUUUAUUCGACCAUAUCGAAUUCGGAAUCAGUAGCAAGGAUGCCAGGAUUAUGACAAUUGGAACGCGAAAGCUCAUCGAGUUAUCAUUCCUGGCCUUGUUGGACUCUGGAAUCGAUUAUCGAGGAAAGAAUAUCGGUACUUAUAUGGCGAGUGUCGCCCAUGACGCUUGGAUGAUUUCUGGCGAGGAUGAUAUCGAAACCCGCGGUUCAUUGGCGUAUUCCCCUUCGAUGAUUGCUAACCGUGUGUCAUACCACCUGGAUCUACGCGGCCCAUCCAUCCCCACCGAUACUGCUUGCAGUUCCAGUCUUUCUGCCUUCCAUCUCGCUAUUCAGGCCAUACGCAAUGGGGAUUGCGAAGCGGCACUUGUGGGUGGUUGUCAGUUGAAUCAUAGGUUUGUGGAUUGGCUGGCAUACAGUCAAGGUGGGAUUCUUGCACCAGAUGGUAAAUGCAAACCAUUCGAUGCCUCUGCUAACGGGUUUUCUCGAGGAGAGGGCGCCGUUGUUGUGGUUCUAAAACCGCUCGAGAAGGCUCUCCUUGAUCAUGACCACAUCUAUGCUACUGUUUUAGGCACUGGUAUCAAUUCGUCCGGCUCACUGGCUCCUGCAAAUUCUCCUGUAGCCUAUGCUCAAAGGGAUGCGAUGCUGAGAGCCUUCAAACAAGCUGGCCGUCAGCCACAUGAAGUCGAUUUCGUGGAGCUUCACGCCACAGGGACUGCAAUCGGCGAUCCCACGGAAGCGAAUUGGGUUGGAGAGAGCUUUCUGAAGAACGAUAACUUGGAGCUCCUUGUAGGCAGUGUGAAAGGAAACAUAGGUCACCUCGAGAUCGCAGCGUUCCUCGCAUCACUGUGUAAGGUUUGUUCCAUGUUUCAGUCGGGAACUAUCCCUCCCAAUGUCAAUUUCCGCAACCCUAAUCCGGCUAUUCGUUGGGAGGACUUCCAUCUUCGUGUAGUCUCGUCGCCGACCUCGUUACCUUGUCAAUCCACUACUGGACGUUCGCUGGUCUCGUUAGCGAGCUCUGGAAUUGGCGGUGCCAAUGGUCACUGUGUUAUUGAAAGUCCUCCUUCAAGCAAUCCUGUAAUACCAUUCUGGCGGUCGGAUUCCAUUCAAGUUCCUUGCCUCUUGAUGGCGGGUGGCCUAUCUCCGCGUUCAGCAGCGGCAAUAGGAGAAUCUAUACGAGCCAUAGAUAGUCAAAAAUUACCUUCUGUAGCGGUGACCUUCGGACGUCGAUGCAGGUCUAUGCCUUGGCGUUCUUAUGCGGUCGCUUCAUCAAAUUCUCCCCCUCGUUUUAUAGAGCCAGUUCUCGUUCCACGCACCCCACCCCCACUUGUGUUUGUAUUUUCGGGACAAGGUCCCCAGCACUUUGAAAUGGGCAGAAAAUUAUUUAGCUCCUGCACUGUCUUCCAGAGGAGCAUACUUGAGAUGGACGAAAUACAUAAGCUUUCGACUGGAUUCUCGCUCAUCGCACGGACUGGUCUUUUCACUCAAAACGCUCAUUCCGCAGAAGCACUCGGCGAUGCAUGGCCUAUUUCAGUAACUCUCCCUGCUCUAACCAUGCUUCAAAUCGCAACUUUCGAUGCUCUUGUAAGUCUGGGAAUGAAGCCCACUGCGAUCGUAGGAGCCUCUGCAGGAGAGACCGCCUUGUUAUACGCGUCUGGAGCAGGUUGCAAAGCUAUGGCUGUGGAGCUUGCAAUCGCGCGUGGACGGGCUAUGACAAUCGUCGAAGGCUCUCAAGGCGCGAUGGCCGCCGUUUCAUGUUCCCCCGAACAGGCCCAGAAAGUUAUAUCUCAGAUAUACGCUGAACAGGGGAAGGCUGAUAUGGAUAUUGGCUGUUAUAAUGCUCCUGGCGCUGUCACCUUAUCGGGCUCAUCUGCUGAUAUCGACCUCGCAGUUCAAUACGCAAAGGCUGCAGGAUUUCUCGCAAAGCGGUUAAACACUGCUGUUCCUGUACAUUCCAGAAUGAUGGACGCCUGUCGUGAUGAAUUUCUGCGGUUGGUAACGGAUGUAUUUGAUCGCUAUCCUUCACAGCCGCCUCAAAUCCCAACAUAUUCCACUGAAUGCGAAUAUUAUUGGUCUGGCACACGUGGCCCAGUGCAAUUUGCAGGAGCGAUUAGCCGAAUGAUUCACGAUUUGGGUUCCCCGAACUUUUUAGAGAUAGGACCUCACCCAGUUCUGACUGGUUAUCUGGUCGCCCUCAGUGACGGGACAGCGCCCAAAGCCAAUCAAGGCGAAGUGGUAUCUUUUCUUCACGCUUUGGGCAAGCUGGCUGUUGCUGGACAUUGCUGUAUCGACUUCAAUAUUCUCAACGGAUGCACCGCAGCAGAUGUCACCAAACUACCCGCUUACCCUUUUUCCCGCAAGAAGGUCCUCUUGUACCCAAUCUCUCCUUUAAUCAAAAGAAUUUGCCAGCCUCGUAACGGGCCGUUAAACUACUCUCAGCUUCGUAUCAACUCCCAGACACAUCCUUACCUGACUCAACAUGUGAUUCAAGGCGAGCCCAUCAUGCCCGCUGCAGGUUUUCUUGAAAUGGCAUUGGAGUUUGGCGCAAGACAGUUAUGGGAUGUCAAUUUCUUAUUCAUGCUGUCUUUAUCCGGAGACCAACCAGUGUCAGUUGAUGUCAGCACUGAAGGACCUCACUGGACGGUGCGCUCCGCUCUAGUAAAUCCAUUACAAUCAUCUGGUGCACCGCCCCAAUAUGAUCGUUUGCAUGCUGAAGGCUACCUAUCUCUUGAACCUCAAAGUUCGGCCUUACCAGCAGUAGACAUUCAGGUGAUAAAGGAACGCUGCACACGAGUUAGCGUUGAAGGUUUUUAUAAUGCGCUUGAGCACUUCGCUCAAUAUGGACCAGAUUACGGAAGGAUAUUGGACUGCUACCGGGGUACUGAUGGAGGCCACGAUGAAGCUUUGGUGCAGAUCCGUGGCGAUGUUGGCGACCUUCCAGGACUGGAGAAGUUCAAGAUCCACCCCGUUAUCUUCGACUCUGCCAUACAUGUUAUGGUCCAUCCAAUGUUCACUUAUCUCACAGACAAACUCUUGUAUUAUCUUCCUUCUCGCCUGCAAAAUCUGACAAUCCACGAAGCACUUAUUUCAUCACCAUUCCCGCAGUCUCUCUAUGCUCAUGUUGUUUUUCGCCAGUGGGCACCUGAAUCUCUGACAUACGAUAUCGCCCUCCUGGACGAAGACGGAAAUCACCUAUGUACAAUGCAAUCAUUCGAAGUUGCCCUCCACGGAGAGUCCUCUCUAUAUGAGCCAAGGCAUCACUUCGAUUUAGUGUAUGAGCCUAUCGCACUCAACCUCUCUUCGUGUCGUCACCCGACCCAGGACGAAUUGCCAACGGAUGUCCAAACCAGGGUUAAUUCAGUGAACCUAGUCGGCGCAGAUGCUGGAACGUUAUUGUCGCCUUUACUCAACGUUAUAGUUUACGAACACGGAAAAGAGAUGGAACUUCAGCGGAUAUUAUCUGCACAGGACGCCACAGCUCCCUGUACCAUCUAUUUUACAGCACUCGCUGGUCCGGACGGAGACGAGGCUGUUGGGUUCGUGCGAUCCUUACGGAAGGAAUAUCUUUCAUGGAAAAUUCGCAUGAUAGUGUUCGACUCAGGUUGGGACGAUGAAACCAUAAGACGGGCAGUUGAAGUUGUAUCAGAGAUGCACCAGGUGGAGACCGAGCUUGUGGUGGACGCAUCCGGAUUGGUACAUGUCCCAAGGAUAACACCUUGCGAGGGUCCGAAGAAGGUCUCUCCUUUCAACUUCGACGAACCAUGGCGACUUGAGAAGUCGGCCAUUGUGCAUUGCUCAUCUCCCUCCUCGGAUGGUCAUUCUGCUGUCGUGCAUGUACAACGUAUCAGCCGAUCGGACGAUCAGAUAUGGACCUUUAUUGGCUCAUUGGACAGCUCACACAAAGGCGUUAUGGGAAUAUCCGCUUCCCCUGUUGGAAAUAUCAUCGUAUCGCCACUGGAUAGCAUGGUAGAUGCCCCAGUAGCUUGGAAUGCUGAUAUAUCGACGGCACCUGCUGCUCUCGUGUUUGCUAUAGCAGUCCUUGCUGUUGGUCCUACAUAUUUUGAGAACCCUGGAAGGUUUCGUGGAGAGAUUCUGGUGACACACGCAGAUUCUCAGACUGGCAGCCAGAUUGUUCAACUCUACCUUCUCCGAGGCUUUCGUGUUGCUACUCUAACGCAACAUGCGACGGACUCCGAAAUCGGCCGCCUCCCUAAUAGCCAUUUCAAUGUGAUUGUCUCUGAAUACAGAGACAUGGCAACACUCCGCCUCUUAGCACGCCUCUUGACAGCCAACGGGAAGACAUUCCCAUGGAAGCAUCCGACGAAAGGCUUGCAGUCGCUGCUUGCCUGUGACCCGUGGUUAAUUGGCCACGCCAUUCGUCUUGGAUCAGAUAUAGCUGGCAACGAGCUUAAGAUGCCCAUGCGCAGUCUCAGUGAGAUCAUAACUACCAAGCCCGGUGAUCCCAUUCAUGUGAAGAAACAUCUCUUCAGCGACAAGAAGGCUUAUAUACUGGUGGGAGGUGUCGGCAGCCUUGGGCUUCAGAUUGCCCAGUGGAUGUACAAGAAUGGCGCCCGGGAAAUCGUCCUGACUUCGCGUUCCGGGUGCGCUGGAAUUCAGCGCAGGGGAGACAUUGCAUCUCAGCGUAUCAUCACAUACCUCAAGAGCCUACCAGACCUGAAUUUACGCAUUGAUGCGAUUGAUGCCCUCUGCGAGCCCGACAUGAAAGCGUUGGUGCAAGAACUUCAGAGUCCGCUCGGGGGAUGCAUGUUGCUCUCCAUGGUUUUAGCAGAUGGUUUCUUUUCUGGGCUAUCGGUGAAGGACUUCAAUAUGCCGUUCGAUCCUAAGAUCGGAGCCUUCGAGGUGCUAUGCAACACAUUUGAUAUGAACAAGCUGGAUUUCUUCAUUUCGUUUUCCUCAGUCUCAGCACUAUUCGGGAAUGCAGGUCAAACUAAUUAUGCAGCAGCAAACACUAUGAUGGAUGGCAGACUGCGCACCAUGCCCAACGCAUUCUCUAUUGUAACUCCCAUAAUCACAGAUUCAUUCGUAGCUACAUCGGGUGCGACAAAGUUUAGAUACCUAACGGAUUGGGGGAUGUCAUCCCAUAGGAUCCUCCAAUUCAUCGAGGAAGGUAUUCAAAAGCUUGCCGAUGGGCCCUUCUGGUUCUAUAUCCCAGAUUUCAACUGGGAAACAAUCAGCGUCAACAUGGGAAACGCUCCCAUGUAUGAUCACCUUUUGUCCGAGCGGACGAUCGCGGAAGAUGAAGCGUCAACCUCAAAAGACAGUGUUUCGAUCAGUGACAUAUUGUGUGCGACCCUGGACAUUGCGCGCGAAGAUUUGUCUCCUGACGUUCCGUUAACUGUGUAUGGUCUGGAUUCCUUAUCUGCUGCAAGGCUAUCCUUUGCCUUGAAACCUUUGUUUUCUAUCAGCCAAACUCAGCUCCUUGCGAACGUGACCCUUCGGAGCCUAGAAGCGCGAUUGGAGGACCAGCGGCUACCUGCCCUCAUUGAAGCAGAGCAAAGGAGUGCAUCUGAGCUUCACCGGGUAUCUGAGAUGAGGUCCUUGCUUGCCAAGUACACGUCUAGAUUCAAAAGCCCCAAGACGCUGUUGCCUUCCUAUCUCGCACGGGACUGUAUUGUUCUCAUAACCGGUACUACAGGAGUCGUGGGCGCACACCUUCUGGCAAGCUUACUUCGUGAACCAUGUAUCAGUCGCAUAUUUCUUCUCAACCGUUCCAAGUCCGGAACUCCAACUAUGUUGGAACGUCACCAACAAUCUUUCCAUGCACUGUCCCUCGACCCAACCGGACUGGAAACAGACAAGGUUGUGUAUCUGGAAGGCAUUCUAGACAAAGAUUACUUUGGGCUGUCAACUGACACAUUCAACGAAAUGGCUCAAAGCGUGACCCACAUUAUUCACGUUGCUUGGCCAAUGGACUUCACUGCCCCGCUUGCUACAUUUGAACAUGCUAUUCACGGUCUGCGGAAUUUGGUGGACUUUGCUAUUUCCUCGCCCUGGCAAGUUCCGCCUCGAUUACUUUUUACAAGCACAGUCGGUGUAUUGAGUGGUCUCACAUCAUCGACCACUGUAAAGGAGACUCUUGUGCAUGACCCCAGUAUAUCUGUCGGCUCGGGAUAUAUCGAAGGCAAAUGGGUUGCGGAGCAUAUCUUGGCAGCCGCUGCCGAUGCUACGCGACUGAAGCCAGUAAUUAUUCGCCUAGAGCAACUAACUGGAGGGCGUAGUGGAUACUGGAAGACGACGGAAUGGGUGCCAUCCAUGAUCGGAUCAGGCCUCUUUGUGGGUGCCUUGCCCAACCGCUCUAAUGCUGUAAAUUGGCUUCCAGUCAACGUGGCGGCGGAAUCGAUGGUGGAGAUGCUCGAUUCACCCCCUGGCGUGUAUCACUUGAUACAUCCAAGUCCUGUUUCGUGGACUAUCCUGAUGCAGGAAGCUGCUCGCAUCAUAAAUGUUCCACUGGUCCCGUAUGCUCAGUGGUUUGCGUCUUUGGAGAAGCAGGCAUCAUCACAAAUGGCUAAAUCACUGCAAAACAAUCCUGCGUUGAGGUUGCUUGACUUCUUCAGGUAUACCACUACGAAUAAAGAGAACUUCGUAGAGUCGGAGCUCUCAUGCGCUAAAGCAUUACAAGAAUCUGCGACACUGCGAUCAAUGGUCUCAAGCCCAUUGGGAACUCGGGAUGUAGCUAAAUGGAUGGGAUACUGGCACAGCAUUGGUUUUAUUCCUGUCUGAAUCGAAAUAACGAAACUUCUGUACCUUAGCAUGCGUACUGCAUUAUUUAGUCACAAUCGAUACACAUCAGUAAAAUCCCCGAUUCCCUCUUUUGAGGUUCAUUCAGGCGUCAUCGAGUGAAGAGA